AUGGUCGCUGCUCAUCGGCAACAGCCACGACCUUCCGCGGGGGCGAAGCGGCGGCGCCUGUCGCCGCCUGCCGCAUCGUCGUCUGCUGCGCCCGCCGAGUCCACGGCUGCGCCCGCCGAGUGCGUCGAGCUCUUCCUCGGCGGGGUCAGCCAAUCGCCGCUCAUCGUCCAGGACUACCUCGUGUCGAGCACGAGCCUCGGCAGACAAGCCGUCUCAGUGGCUCCAAUGGGGUCUGGAUCGAAGCAGCUCCGCGUGCAGCUGAGAGGACGCGGCGCCUACGCGGCGGCCAGCGAGCUCGAGGGCAAGCAGCCCCCCACCGCGCCCUUUCGCGAGGUCAAGAUGCACCGCGACUGGUACUGCCCGUGCGGCGCGCAGCCAGAGACGCUGAUCCGCGAGCGCGCGUCGUGCGGCGCGUGCGGCGGCUCCAAGCCCGCCAGCCUCGGGCAGCUGCGGGCCCGCUUCGAGGCCGCAUCGCGCGCCCCGAAGACGCGACCGAGCCGAGGCGACUCGAUUGCGCGGCUCGGACAGGCGCUUCUCGACUCUGGCGGCGACGAGGCGGCGACCGACGCCGCCUGGGGCCGGCUGAUCUGCCUGGCGCCCGAGCCUGGGAUCCACGAGCUAAAGCAGCGGCAGUGCGUCAUGGGGCGCACCACCAACGCGCACGCGCAGAUCCAGAUCGACGACGGCCGCGGUGCGGUGCAGCUGCUCGACUGCUCCUCGAACGGGACGUACGUCAACGGCAAGGCGGCUCGCGACCCGCUGGGCGAAUGCUCCGACGGCGGCACAGUCUACCGCUUCGCAAAGAAGGACACCGCCGAGCAGCUCUGCCAGCGCAACAACAAGAGAGAGGGCGGCCGGCGGUGGCGGCUGUGGGCAGAGGAUAUUCCAGGCAAGCCAAAGACGAGCCCGAAGCGCUACUACGCCGCGGUGUGCGCCGCCUUCGCCCGCUACGCGACGGCGUCGCCGCGGCGCCACUAUUACGAGGUCAUCGAUGCAGACCGGCCAUGCUGGCCGUACUUCGACCUCGAGUACGCGCGGAGGGAAGGUGUGAACGGAGCGGUUAACGGCGACGCCCUCUCCCGCUCGCUCGUCGAGCGGGCGGAGGCGCUGCUGCGCGGGCUGUGUGCGUCGCAGCACCCGCAGCAGCUGCUCGAGAUCGAGGGGUCGGGGGAGCUGCUGCCUUGCUGGGAGCUCAUGCCGCGCCGGGCCGGGCUCGCCGUGUCGCGCGAGCAGCUGCUUCUCGCUUCCCUCGUCGUCCCCGAUACCCUCCCCGCCGACGCCGCGCUUCUGGCCGUGCCGCUGGGAGUGCGGGAGUGGCGGUACGUCAGCGCGUCGCGGCCGGAGGAGGCGCUCCUCCACCUCACCUUGGCCGGGACGCGCUUCUGCUUUGCGAUCGGCCGGCAACACGCGAGCCAAAACGUGAUGGUGACCGUGGACUUGCUGUCUGGCCGCGCCUACCAGCGCUGCUGGGACAAGGCGUGCGUCGCCGCCGAUGCACGCGCCGCGCCCGACGGGGCGGCCGCCUCCUCCCACUCCUCCGUCAAGGCGAGGCACCUGCUGCCACGCCCCCCUGCCGCGCUACUCCCGAGUCGGGAGGAGCUGGCCGGCUUCGAGGACCGGCACGACACUCCGCCGACGCUCCUGGACUGA